UACACGACGUGAUUUUCACUCAAACGCUUGGGUGAGAAGAAGCAAACGUCAAGACACCGAGAGUGAAAAAUGGGAAAGAAACAGCAUCAAAAAGAUAAACUAUAUUUGACUACAACAGAGUGGAAAAAUGAAUUCGGUGGUUACAAAGGGAAGCAGCUCAAAAAUCAAGAGUUCCGUAGACUACCCUUCUCCUGCUGCACGUUGUCAAUGCAGCCAUUUGAGAAUCCACUUUGUACAAAAGAUGGAGUUAUUUAUGAUUUAAUGAAUAUAGUUCCAUUUCUGAAAAAGCAUGGCAUAAACCCAGCUACAGGUGAAAAGCUCAGUGCAAAAGAUUUGGUCAGGUUGAAGUUUCAUAAGAAUGCUGAUGGGAAGUACCACUGUCCAGUUACAUUCAAGGUGUUCAAUGAAAAUACACAUAUUGUAGCUGUCAGACCGACUGGAAAUGUGUUUGCUAAUGAGGCUGUAGAGAGACUGAACAUCAAGGCAAACUUCUGGAGAGAUCUGAUCACAGAUGAACCCUUUACAAGAAAAGAUCUCAUCACUGUACAGGAUCCAUCAAAUCUGGAUAAAUUCAACAUUCAGAAGUUUUAUUACAUCAAGAACAAUCUGAAAGCUGGGGAAGAAGAUGAGGAUGCUGCCUACAAGGAUGGGAAGAGUAGAUUAAAGACGGUCAAUGCAGAGACACAAGACAUUCUGGAGACACUGGAGAGAGAAUAUCAAGCUCCUGAAAAAAAGCCGGAAAACAAAAAGAAGGCUGACAGAUUUAAUUCAGCUCACUAUUCCACAGGGGCGGUGGCUGCCUCAUUUACCUCUACAGCCAUGGUACCUGAGACUGAACAUCACGCAGCAAUUAUAGAUGAGGACAUUAUAAGGUAUGAGAGAGUAAAGAAGAAAGGAUAUGUACGAGUUGUUACAAACUACGGUCAACUCAACCUUGAACUCCAUUGUGAUAUGGUUCCAAAGACUUGUGAAAAUUUUAUCAGACUGUGUAAGAAGGGGUAUUACAAUGACACUGUGUUCCAUCGACUGAUCAGAAAUUUUAUGAUACAAGGAGGGGAUCCAACGGGCACUGGAACAGGUGGAGAAUCUAUAUGGGGAGGAAGUUUCAAGGAUGAGUUUAAACCCAAUCUCACACAUUCAGGACGAGGUGUUCUCAGUAUGGCAAACUCGGGACCAAACACUAACAAAUCUCAGUUCUUCAUGACAUUCAGAUCUGCUAAACAUUUGGAUGGAAAACACUCUGUGUUUGGAAGAGUUGUCGGUGGUUUAGAAACACUGGAUGCUGUGGAGAAAAUAGAUGUUGACAAAAAAGACAGACCUGUUAAAGAAAUUAAGAUCGAAGGAUGUGCUGUGUUUGUAGAUCCGUUUGAGGAGGUUGAUGAACAGUUAGCAAAGGAGAGGGAAGAAGAGUUAAGUAGACAGGCACAGGAAGAAUCUGAAAAGAAGAAGCCAAAGAGUAGAAAAGAGGAACCCAAUCUUGUGCCAAAAUCAUUCACAUCAGGAGUAGGCAAAUAUAUAAACCCCAGCACUUUGAAAAGACAUACAACAGAUGACACAGAUUCAAGUCUUGUGACGGCAAAGAAAAAAGUGAAAGCAAAAUCUGGAUUUGGUGACUUUAGUUCUUGGUGAUCAAAAAUGCAGUGGAACAUUAAACAUCUUUUAUUGCAGAAAAUAUUUAUAUGACGUAUGUCAACUUUCAUUUGUGACAUUUAUAUAAUAAAAAACAAAAUUAAGAAAAUUCUUUA